AUAUUUUCUUGAAUUUUUAGCAUUGUUUCAGACAUUCAAUAUCAAAAGUGUUUCAGAAAGAAGAACAAAAAAGAAGAAAAAGAAAACACGAAGCUUACCGUAAAAGGGGACAUCGAUCCCUAACCGCUCAGGUGCCGGCCUCGGGUACCCUCUCUUCUUCCUCGAGGAAGAAACCCUUUUCUUUCCCAUUCAAAUUUCUUGCACAAUCGUUUCACUUGUAUCAGAUUUUGCCCUUAAUUGUGAGUGUUUGUUCUUUUUUUUUUUUGAAACAGGUCAGUGAGUGUUUGUUUCUUUAUAGGGGAGACUUUAAAAUGGGGUUUAUUAGAAUUUUAGGCUUUUAUUCAACAACGGUUAUUUUUUUUAACUUCUUCCCUUUUCAUAUUUUGUUAUUUUAAAAAAAUGAUUAUACAAAAAGAAAAGGAUCCCAUUAUUUUUCCCUCCAACCUGAGUCAAUUACAAUUUUAACCUUUAAUCUUAUGCCACAUCAGCAAAUACACGUGAUCUGUUAAAAAAUCCAACAGAAAGGCCCUUAUAUUUUAGGGGCCACAACUCGGUAGUCACAUAAGUUCAGGGACCAAAUUUGCUAAUUAUUCUAUUAGAAAAGUUGAAAAGUGAGCUUGAUAUUUGGAGAUCCAUGUGUUACCUACACUUUAAAUGGCCCGGGUAGGUGAACAAACAAGUGCCUUUGCAAAAAAAAAAAAAAAAAAAAAAAAAAUUCAAGUCCACACUAUCUAUCUCCUACUACUAAUAUUAGCUACUUUUUUGAUGAGGAGGCGGGUGAGUCCCUGACGUUAACAUUUCAUUACAUUUCAUUUUGGUUGCACCUCACUCGACCCAACUCAACCCAACUCUUUCUCUCUUUCUUCAUUUUCUCCGCCUGAAAAUCCUUUGAUUUUCCCGAGAAAACUAUACAUUCCAGAAAAGACAAAAAAGAAAGAGAAAAAAACCAGCCCAUGAUGCUUUCGAUUGCUUCCAUUUUCCGUCGUUCUACACAGCUGAGAGCUUCGGUUCUACAGUUUCAGCUUUCAUCCUACUCUUCUUCCGCGGCUGCAAUUCAAGCUGAGAGAACAGUCAAAGAAGGUCCGAGAAACGAUUGGACCCGUGAUGAGAUCAAGGCCGUCUAUGAUUCUCCUGUUCUCGAUCUUCUUUUUCAUGGAGCUCAAGUUCACAGACAUGCUCAUAACUUUAGAGAAGUGCAGCAGUGCACUCUUCUUUCUAUCAAGACAGGUGGAUGUAGUGAGGAUUGUUCAUAUUGUCCUCAGUCAUCCAGGUAUGAUACAGGAGUAAAAUCCCAGAAGCUUAUGACCAAAGAUGCUGUUUUGGAAGCAGCAAAAAAGGCGAAAGAGGCUGGUAGUACACGUUUUUGUAUGGGUGCAGCAUGGAGAGAGACAGUGGGAAGAAAGACAAACUUCAACCAGAUCCUUGAAUAUGUUACAGAAAUAAGGAAUAUGGGGAUGGAAGUAUGCUGCACUUUGGGUAUGAUAGAGAAACAGCAAGCUGAAGCACUCAAGAAGGCAGGCCUCACAGCUUAUAACCACAAUCUUGAUACAUCAAGGGAAUAUUACCCGAACAUUAUUACAACAAGAACCUAUGAUGACCGCCUUCAAACCCUUCAGUAUGUCCGGGAUGCAGGGAUUAAUGUUUGCUCAGGAGGAAUAAUAGGCCUUGGAGAGGCAGAGGAGGAUCGAGUCGGUUUAUUACAUACUUUGGCAACACUACCCACACAUCCAGAGAGUGUUCCCAUCAAUGCAUUACUUGCAGUGAAAGGCACACCUCUUCAAGAACAAAAGCCGGUUGAAAUAUGGGAGAUGAUUCGGAUGAUUGCCACUGCUCGUAUUGUUAUGCCAAAAGCAAUGGUGAGGCUGUCAGCUGGUAGAGUUCGAUUCUCCAUGCCUGAGCAGGCAUUAUGUUUUUUGGCUGGAGCAAAUUCAAUUUUCACGGGUGAGAAGUUGUUGACUACCCCAAACAAUGAUUUUGAUGCUGAUCAACUCAUGUUCAAGGUGCUGGGACUGACCCCGAAGUCUCCUAGUUUUUUGGAUGAAAUAUCAACAGUAGAUGAAUCAGAAGGUCGUCAGGAAGCAGUUUCUAGCUCGGCUUGAAUUUACUGGUAAAAAGCAUAAGGUAUUUCAUAGCAUUAGUCAGUAGCCUGUAGACUAGCUUUGUAGCUUGUAACUUGUAGCCAGUUACUGAAUUUUCACUGUUAUGAAAACGGUGUAUCGAUUCCUGGCAUUUGAUUCUCUAAGUAAUCCAGUUAAAUAUGUGAAAAAGGGGGCCUGGAGCGCAUCUGUAAGGUGUCGUUUGGUUGUAAUGAAUGAAUGUAGUGGUAACGACAAUGGAACAUGAAAGGAACUUUUAAACUUUUGUAUGGUUUGGAAUUUGAAAUAAUUAUUGUGAUUUGUUCUUUAUAGAA